AUGGACGCCUCCUCCCUCCGCAUCUCCAAGUUCGAUGGAACUAACUUCCACGCCUGGAAGUUCAAGAUGCAGAUGGUGCUGGAGGAACGGGACCUAUGGGAGGUCGUCAGCGGUGAGAUCAAGGCAGAACAGUGCGAGACUCAGUUGGACCAAGCGACGUACAAGAGGAAGUCAAGAAAGGCGAUGGCAGUGAUCUGUCUAGCCAUGGAAGAUUCCCAGCUACCGUUGGUCCGGUCGGCAAGUGGUGCAUGCGACGCAUGGUCAAGGUUGGAAGACCACUUCGAGAAGAAGAGUCUUGCCAACAAGCUGUUCUUGCGCCGUCGCUUCUUCACGACAAUGAUGGAAGAAGGCGACGAUGUGCUCGAACACAUCAACAAGCUCAAGACGCUGGCGGAACAGCUAGAAGCGGUGGGGGCUCCAGUCUGCGAGGACGAUCUGGUGAUCACACUCCUCGGCAGCCUGAGUGACUCGUAUCAAUUCUUGAUCACAGCUUUGGAGUCGCGCUCAGACACUCUUAGCUGGGAGCUCGUGACGUCUCGACUGCUUCAUGAAGAAAUGAAGCGGAAGGAGCAAGGAAGUAAAGGUGAUGAAGCUUCGCAAGGUCAAGCGUUCAUCACAAGGGACAAUCAGCGCAAAGGGCGACCAGUGAAGAAGUCCUGGCCGUGCCACAAUUGCGGAAAGAUUGGUCACUGGAUGGCGGAGUGCCCCUCGCGCAUCCAAGAAAACACGGAGAGACACCGGCCACAGCGUGCUCAAGACAGCGGCGACCGCUAUCGAUCACAACGUGCAAACGUCGCUCAAGAAGAAGACUCGGGCGACUACCUCUUUUCGAUCGGUGAAACGACAUCUGCGAAAUCGAGCGACAUCUGGCUGGUCGACUCCGGGGCGACGCAGCACAUGACGUGCUCCAAGAAGUUCAUGCGGAACUACAAGGGGUUUGACGCUGUGGAUGUCCAUCUCGCGGAUGAUGGAAUCGUCCAAGCAAUCGGCAGUGGGGACAUUGUCAUGUCGAUGAAGACACCCCAAGGGAUGAAGAAAGGUGUGCUCACAAACGUGUGGCACAUCCCAAAGUUAUCCAGAAACCUGUUCUCGGUCGGCCGCUUCACCAAGGAUGUCGGCCCAGUGACGUUCACGAAGGAUGGGUGCUAUGGAGAAGCGAAAGGGACCAAGUGGAAAAUUGGUGCCCGUGAAGGUAAAGGACUGUUCAAGCUGCAAAUGACUCCAGUGGCGCCGGAACAAGCAAAUGCAGCCAAGUCGUCGGGAUGUCAAGGGGGCACCAAGUCGUACCUCUGGCACCUUCGGCUUGGCCACAUAGGUCACGAUGGACUCAAUUGCAUUGUGACGAAGAACAUUGGAAUUGGCAUCGACAUAUCUUCGGUGAAGAAGUGGGACGUGUGUGAAGGUUGUGCUCUGGGAAAACAGACUCGAGUGCGCUUCCAAUCAAACACUACAGCUCGCACCUCCAAACUCCUCGAAGUGAUUCACAGCGACGUAUGCGGACCGAUGUCGAUGGCAACUUUCAGUGGAAAACGGUACUUCGUGACAUUCAUUGAUGACAAGUCAAGAUACUGUGUCGUCUAUCUGCUCAAGAGCAAAUCUGAAGUUGCGGCGAAGUUCAUGGAAUACGCUGCGAUGGCCGAAACGCAAACCGGAAAGCGCGUGAAGUACCUUCAAAGCGACAAUGGGGGUGAAUACAAGUCCGACAAGCUGGCACGAUUCUGCGCGGAACGGGGAAUGCAACAAAGGUUCACAACCCCAUAUACUCCUCAGCUAAACGGAGUAGCUGAGAGAAUGAAUCGCACGCUGGUCGAGUGUGCGCGUUGCAUGAUGGAACACGCUGGACUGGGAAAGAGCUACUGGGGUGAAGCAGUGAUGACGGCGAUGUUUCUUCGAAACCGCUGUCCAACACGUGCCAUUCACCAAGACAAGUCUCCAUAUCAAGUGUGGACGAUGAAUAAACCGAUUCUGGCCAACCUUAAAGUGUUUGGAUGCCACGCGUAUGUUCAAGUGCCUCAAGACAAACGCGCGAAGUUCGACUCCAAGUCAUCACUCUGUCGUUUCCUGGGAUACGCCGAACACCAGAAGUCAUAUCGAUUUGAGGAAGUGUCAACAGGAGCGAUCAAGAUCAGUCGCGAUGCCACAUUCAUGGAAGACAAGUUUGAUGAAGGUCCGCGCAACUACAACGAUGAGUCAAGUGUCGUUGAGUUUGAUGAUCAUGAUGAGGACGAAGAAAAGAAGAAGGUAAAACUGACGACGAAAUGGACUCGAGCGACGAUGACAACGAAGACACCAGGUCUUCGAAGAGCAACAUCAAGAGACACACGCGCACUCAAUCACUUGAGAAAGCUACCGUCAUUCCAAGUCCCAAGCGAAGAACAUACAGAGUCGGCGAUGGAAUCAAGCGACUCCGGCAAGUGGAAAGAAGCGUGUGACUCGGAGUUCGAUUCGCUUCAGAGAAACGACACGUGGGAAAUCGUGCCUCUUCCGAAAGGUCGCAAGGCCAUCGGGUGCCGAUGGGUUUUUCGUGUAAAGGAGAAUCAAGAUGGCGAAGUUGAACGUUUCAAGGCAAGACUUGUGGCCAAAGGAUUCUCACAGAAAUUCGGAGUUGACUAUGAAGAAACUUUCGCACCGGUGGCCAAGUUCACAUCGAUUCGUGUGGUGCUCAGUAUGGCGGCUAAGUACGGCCUAAUGCUACAUCAGAUGGACGUCAAGACAGCGUUUCUUAACGGCUCCCUCAACGAAGACAUCUACAUGGACCAGCCGGACGGAUACCUGGAUGCAACACAGCCGGACUAUGUGUGCAAGCUAAAGAGAUCACUCUACGGCUUGAAGCAAUCGCCUCGCAUGUGGAACCAAACAAUCGAUGGGUUCAUGAUCAAGAUGGGAUUCAAGAAGUGCGAAUCGGACCACUGCAUCUACAUCAAGCGAGACGACCAAGACAUGAUUCUCGUGGUGCUCUACGUCGAUGAUCUCAUCCUGGCCAGCAGCAACAACGAACUCCUCAAGUCAACCAAGAUGGCGCUGAGCAAACGCUUCGAAAUGACGGAUCUCGGUGAGCUCGAUUACUUUCUCGGCAUGGAGAUCAAGAACGACCGUAAGACGGGAAUGGUGACUGUACAACAAACCAAGUUUCUCAAGUCCGUGUUAACCAAGUUCGGAAUGGAUAACAGCAAGCCAGUGAAGACGCCUCAAGAUCCCGGCCUGAAGCUAACCAAGAACAUGUGUGAACAAGAAUGCAAGCACGAAGACACCAUGUGCAACGUGCCAUAUCGAAGUGCUGUCGGAGGCAUCAUGUAUCUCAUGGUCGCCACACGUCCGGAUCUAGCUGCUGCAGUGGGAUCAUUAUCCCAGUUCUCGUCCGACCCAUGCCCGACUCACUGGCAAGCUUUGAAGCGUGUGCUGAGAUACCUGCAAGCAACGCCCAAUCAUGGUCUUGAGUUUACACGUGAAGAAGGAAGCCGUAUCUGCGGGUACACCGACGCAGACUGGGCCGGCGACAUUGAGUCAAGACGAAGUACAAGCGGCUAUGUGUUCAUGAUGAGCGGAGGAUGCAUCAGCUGGAAAAGCCAGAAACAACGGACGGUCGCGCUAUCUUCAACAGAAGCAGAAUACAUGGCGCUUUCCGAAGCAACCAAAGAAGCAGUAUGGCUCAAAGUGCUUUUGGGGGAACUUGGUGAGAUGACAAGCGACGAAGCGAUCAAGAUGUAUGAAGACAACCAAGGAUCAAUCGCUCUCGCCAAGAACCCGGAGUUCCAUAAGAGAACAAAACACAUCGACAUACGCUACCAUUUUGUGCGUGAGAAGGUGGAAUCAGGUGAAGUCGUUUUGGAGUAUUGCCCGACUCAAGAUAUGCUGGCAGACAUGAUGACCAAGCCGAUCGCCGCUGUACAAUUUGAAAACAUUCGCGAUCGACUUGGGAUCCAAGGUGCCGCAGCUAACGAGUCGAGAGGGAGUGUUGAAAAGACAGCGGCUGUGAAGAAGACACCUCGUCAAGCUGCGUCAAGUGUUGAAGCAAGUGGAAGACCAAGCUUCGCUAUACCGGUGGGUACCGGUAUGUACCAGUAA